AUGUCGCCGCGACGGCAUCGGCUCCGCAAUGCUUUCAAGGCCGUUUGUGGCCUGUCAGCUGCGCUGACGCUCCUGCUCCAUUGCUUCGUAUCGCCACCCGCCGGGCCACCGCACGGCGUCGCAGAGCGCAGUGCGUCUGAGCCUCCACUGCGUCGCCACGCAGCGCCGACUGGAUCUGCUGAGAGGGAGCGAGGUCGAGGUCCUGCCCUUGACAAUCCGAAAGAAGAUGGUGUGCCGGCUGCGGCAGGAGCCAACGUGCUGAGCUGGGUGCUUUCUGGCCUCAGCGCCGUCUACUUGGCUCAGUUCGCGUCCUUCUACUGUCAGUGCCCGGGCCUCAUUGGCUCCUCUGGCCUUCAGCCCUUAGUGGCCCGGCCCGAGGAUGUGGACCGUACUUGGCUUCUGCACUUCGUUAGCUCGCCGGAGCUUGGCGUGGAGGCCUUCGGAUUGGUUGGGACGGUGCUGGCAGCGCUACAGCUGGCAAUGCCCCAGGCCAUGCUGCGGCACGGACCGGCGGGAGCCACCAUCUUCGCCUUUCUCUGGUGGUGCUGGCACGACCUUGUGAUAGCUGGUGGGCGAUUCACCUGCUAUCAGAUGGAUGUCAUCGUCCUGGACGCUGCGCCGUUGACCAUUCUGGCAGCACUGGGACUAGAGACGCAGGCCACCGUUUUUGGUCUGCGAUGGCUUCUCUUACGUCUCUACCUGGGUGGAGGUGCCGUAAAGCUGCUCAGCUGCGACGAGAGUUGGCGGAACCUCUCCGCCCUCCACUGGCACUUUCAAUCGCAGCCCUUGCCGAACCCUCUGGGGAACGCUGCCCACCUAUUCAUGCCAGACUCGAUCAGCCAUGCAUCGACGCUGUUUGCCCUCGUCGUGGAGAUCGGCCUGGCUUUCCUCUUCCUCGCGCCGGCCGCCGACGUCCGGCGCAUUGCCUUCGCCCUGCAGACCGCUCUGCAGGGAGGCAUCGUGCUGGCCGGGAAUUUUGGCAGCUUCAACUUCAUGACGGUGAUCAUCGCCUUAUCGCUGCUUGAGGAUGAAGAUUUGCCCCCUGCACCCGCUUUGGCCACGCGGAGCAGCGGGCAGGUCGUUCCGACGAAGUUACGAGAGGAACUGGUGCCGGCUGUGAGCCUCACCUCGGUCCUGCUAGCUGCAGGGGCCACAGCGUGGACCUUGCACAACCAGGGAGGGAGCUGCGGAGGGACCUGGGGAGCUCAGCCGAUGGUUUGGGCGGCUUUGCUCUUGGUUCCUUUUGUGCUUGCAGCCACGGUAGAGACUUGGCUGGGUCUUCUCCUGGCAGUGAUUUUCUUCCUGGGCUCCGCAGCACAACUGGCCGGAGGCUUGGGCGUAAUCCUGCCUGCCGAGGAGUUGUUGCAGAUCUUUGACUUCGGAGCUGCUCGCUACGGUCUCUUCGCAAGAAUGAGUGGCGUGGGUGGCCGCCCCACAGAAGUCUUGGAGGGUGCUCUGAGUCCAUCGGGGCCGUGGUCAACGGUCCCUUUCCGCUACCAGGUCGUUGAGACGACCCGUCAGCCGCCCUUUUGCUUUCCCCACUUCCCACGCCUGGACUGGACCUAUUGGUUCGUCCCCUUGGGCAGCAGUGAUGGCGAUCUUCAGGGCUGGCUGGGGCAAUUCCUGUCCCAAGUCCAGAUGGGGAAUGCAGAGGUUUUGAACCUGCUGGAUCGCCCUGAAUUCGAGCAACGCUUUCCGGAUGGACCGCCGCAGUUUCUGCGCAUCUCCCCUCGCACCUUCCUGGCAUCCCUACCCGGGGAGGACGGAGCUUGGUGGGUCAGCCAACCAGCUGACAUGAAUGCAGCAGCCUGGGCCGACAUGCCCGAGGGCAGCAUUCUCGAGAAGCCGGCCCUUCUCGCGGCACUUCCGCCAGCGCUGGCGGAGCCCACUCCCUGGCCGGGAACGCCCCUCCUCCGUGCAGCGGCAGAUGCUGGCCAGGAGACCUUUGUUUGGGCGACCUUUGUUUCUGCAGCGGCGGCCGCAUCUAUACCGGGCCAUUCAGGUUCGGGCGCAGAGGAGCAAGUCGUGAUGGACGUGGAGAGCGAGCCGUGCAGGAAGUAG